AUUCGCACCUCCAGGUGGGAAAGUGAGGUUAGGUGUGGUGAUUUCCUGGUAUUUCCCGCACCAGGUGUUUUCCUGGCCAUUUCCCCGUGAUGCCGAAGAAGAAAACCGGCCAACGCAAGAAGGCGGAGAAGCAGAAGCUCCGCCAGAAGGAGAUUCGCAAUAAAUGCGUGGAUAUUGCUGAGUUUCCUUGCAAUGUGGUGAUGGAGUGUGAAAAGUGUCAGAGGAAACAGAAAUCCCGUGCCUUUUGCUACUUCUGCCAGAGUGUCCAGCGCCUUCCGGUGUGCGCGCAAUGCGGGAAGGUGAAGUGCAUGCUCAAGACCGGAGACUGUGUUGUUCGUCAUCCGGGAAUCUUCACCACGGGCCUGGGCAUGGUGGGGGCAAUCUGUGACUUCUGCGAGGCAUGGAUUUGCCACGGGAGGAAGUGUCUUCAGUCCCACGCUUGUUCCUGUCCGCUUCAGGACGCUGUGUGCAAGGAGUGUGAGAGAGGCGUCUGGGAUCAUGGCGGGAGGAUCUUCAAGUGUUCAUACUGCAACGGGUUCCUCUGUGAAGAUGACCAAUUUGAGCAUCAAGCAUCGUGUCAAGUGCUGGAGUCGGAGAACUACAAAUGUCAGUCUUGCAAUCGUCUGGGUCAGUAUUCGUGUCUGCGCUGCAAAACUUGCUAUUGCGAGGAGCAUGUGAAGAGGAAGGGCUUCAAGUACGAGAAGAACAAGCCCAUUCCCUGCCCGAAGUGCAAUUAUGAGACGUCUCAGACCAAGGAUCUCAGCAUGUCAGUGCGGAGCCAUAAAUUCGGACGCCAGAAUCUUCCUGAUGAUUAUGAUGACUAUGAGAGCGAGGAAGCCGCUGGAUACAGUGGCUACUCUGGCUACUCUGGCUACUCAAUGAAUCAUCCUGACCAGGAAUCGGAUGAAUAUUCAGAAUCCGACGAUGAAGACUACGAUGAUGAAGAUGACGAAUCGUCAGGAUCUGAGGAGGAAGAUGAAGAGGCGUCUAAUGAUGAGAAAGACACCAAAACGAGUAAGAAGUAACUCUUGUGAUUCCAUCUCGUUGAACCAAUAAAUUUUUCUUAGCAA